AUGGACUUCGUGCCUGUAGAGCCUUACGAAGUGGAGUACAUCAUCCUCGGCGUCGGCAUGAGAGCUGAAGUUCUCGUCAAGGGUAAUGGAGACCCAAAGCGAUCUUACUACAUGCGCACGAGAAUUCAGUGUGCCGCCACCAAAGUCAACGAGACACUGGGCACUAUCUACUAUGAUGAGACGCCCAGCUCGGUUGUUCCAGCCACCAAGACUGUUGCACCUCUUCCAAGCUUCUCCGCAACAUGCGGUGACCCUGAUCUUCACUUGAAAAAGCCUAUUUACAAGAAGAGUGUCCCUAAGCCUGAUCUCACACUUCUCUACGACAUCGACUUCAGAUCAAACGCAAGCGGUAAUCAUCAAUGGCUAAUGAACAACGUGACAUUCAAGGCCGACUGGAGCCGCCCGUUAUACAUCGAGGCAGUUGAUGGUCACACGGAGUAUCUUAAGGAUCCCCAGCACAUCUUGGCCACGAUUCCUGACGAUGUCCGCCAUGUUCGCGUUGUGCUCAACAAUCAUUUCUCCGUUCAUCCAAUGCAUAUUCAUGGCGGUGACUUCCAGAUCCUGAGCGAAUCGGAUGGGUUCUACAACGGCAGUCUGAAGUAUCCCAAGAACCCGGCUCGCGCCGACACGGAACUUCUCCGGCGUAACGGGAAUCUUGUUGUGCAGUUCGAAGCGAAAAACCCAGGAAUCUGGAGUUUCCAUUGCCAUACUGCGUGGCAUGCUAGCGUUGGUCUAUAUAUCAACUUCUUGGUCAAGCCAAAGACGGUUCGGCAAAGCAAGAUCCCUGAUGAUGUUCGCGAGGUUUGCGCGGCUUGGGAUGACUACAGACAAUUGCAUGGCGAGAAUGCUCUGCCUUUCGAUAGCGGGCUUCGAUAA